AUGAAGUAUCAUGUGAAACAUAUCAUACUUCUCAGGGCUCCUAUGCCAAAGGAAAUGCUGCUGCACUUUUUUUACCCUCAUCUGCAUCUGAGAUACCUCUUUUGUGGGAUUGAAAGUAGGAUACUCUUCAAAUUUGGAAUAUCCUUCUCCAUAACAAUAACAGCAAAUGAUUCCCAAUUCAACACUUCAAAGAAUGGAGGCACAAAGUUAUCAGAGAUGAUAACAGGAACACAUUCAUAG